AUGGCGCCUUCACGCUCCAGGGUGCUCCAGCUCGGCGUGAUAGAACACGCGCACGAUACCUGGGAUGCAAUCGGCGGUCUGGCCGACAUGGUCGUGCCCAAGUCGACCGACAGGGCCGGCUUCCUGGUGGAGGCCGCCUCGGGGGCCUUCGACGGGUGCCUGGUGGCCUACCGCACCUUUGGGUCCGUGUCCAUCACGGGCCGCAUCGACUCGGAGCUUGUGCUGGCCCUGCCGCCGUCGCUCAGGUUCAUAUGCCACAACGGCGCCGGGUUUGACCAGAUAGACGUCCCCGCCUGCACCGACCGCGGCAUCAAGGUGUCCAACGUGCCCACCGCCGUCGACGACGCCACGGCCGACACCGCAAUGUUCCUCAUGCUCGGGGCCCUGCGGAACUUCCCCCUGGGCAUGCACAACCUCAGGCAGGGAGGCUGGCGUGGCCGCGAGCAGGACGGGUCGCUGCCCGACUUGGGCCAUGACCCGCAGGGCAAGAGCCUGGGCAUCAUCGGCAUGGGCGGCAUAGGCCGCAACAUGGCAAAGAAGGCCCUGGCCUUCGGCAUGAGGAUCCUCUACCACAACCGGACCAGGCUGGCCGAGGACGUCGAGAGGGAGCUCGGGGGCGCCCAGUACUGUGACUUCGACACCUUGCUGAAGCACAGUGACGUGCUGAGCCUGAACCUUCCCCUCAACCCACACACCAGGCACAUCAUCUCCACGCGCGAGCUGGCAAUGGUCAAGCCGGGCGUCGUUAUUGUCAACACAGCCCGGGGUGCCGUGAUAGACGAGGCCGCCCUGGUCGAGGCCCUGGACUCGGGCAGGGUUGCAAGCGUCGGGCUGGAUGUCUACGAAAAUGAGCCCGACGUCCACCCGGGCCUGCUGGCGAACCGCCGGGCCCUGCUGGUGCCGCACAUGGGGACCUGGACGGUCGAGACCGAGGCCAAGAUGGAGGAGUGGACCAUGGCAAACGUGCAGACGGCCAUCCUGCACGGCCGCCUGAAGAGCAUCGUCCCGGAGCAGAGGCGCCUGGAGUGA